CUCCAUUAGGGCACCUUGAGUUGUGAUUAUGUCCAGAAACUCCUUGAAGGCAGGGGCCUUGUCUGGCCCAUCUCUGUGCCCCUGGACUUCGCCGUAAUGAGUCCUGACAGUCCAGAGGCCCCAGGAGAAAUCUGAGCAAACAGGAAUGUUGGGGUUUGCCCUGCUGCCUCUUAGAGCACCCCGGAUUUUCACCAUGCGCUGCUUCAGGCUUCUUAGGAUGCAGGGGCCCUGGGCCGCACUAAUCUGUGCGCCCAGCUGCCCCCAGCAUCGGCUUCUGAGGGCCAGGGCGCCCCCGGGCCGGGCCCGACCGCACCCAGCCCAGCUCAGGUGACCAGGCGGGUGCCGGGCACACCUGGCGCAGUCCCCUGACCCCGCCCCGGACCGGGCCGCACCCGGAACGCGGAACGCUCUCCGUCGGAGCCAGCCGCUGCGGUGGAGCAGGGCCAUGGCGGCGGCGCCAGCGGUGUGCGCCACGCAGGGGCCCCCGCCUGGCGCACCGUCCCCUCCGGCGGGCACGCCUGUGCCCGCGUCGGGCCUGGGCCGCUGCCGGUUGGCGCUGCUGCUGGCCGUGGCGCUGGACGUGGCGGGCAUGGCGGCGCUGCUGACCGGCGUGUUCGCGCAGUUGCAGGUGCGCGGCCGCGACUUCGGCGACCUGCUCAUCUACUCGGGCGCGCUGCUCGUCUUCCUGAGCCUGCUUGGCUGGAUCCUCUGGUACACCGGCAACAUCGAGAUCUCGCGCCAGGAGCUCGAGCGCGACUACGGCCUGCGACCCUCGGCGCUCUCCCGCCUCGCGCGAAAGCUCUCCCGCCGCUGGUCGGCGCCAGCUUCCUCCUCCGCCGGCCGGCGCGCCGCGCCCGUCUCCUGGGGAGCGCGCGCCGCCUCCCGCACGCCCCCGCCGCACGCCCCCGGCUCCCGCCGCGUGCGCCUGCAGCUCGUCUCGCUCGAGGCCGGGCCUGGGGCGGCGGGUGCGGGCAACGAGUGAGCCCGAGACGAACGCAUGGCCACACCUGUCAGGACCCGAUGGAGGUGCGCAGCUGCCCCCGUCAUCAUCUGGCUGCCAGGAUGCCUACGUGUCCCGCAUCUAUCCUCCCCUGGAUAAAGGGCUCUGCCUCAC